UUCUACAAAAUAGGAAAAACAGGAUAAAAGAAAAUUACUUUAUUUUUAAAAUUUCUCUUUUUAAUUAGAGAGAGGAGAGAAAUGGUUGAAUCCUGGGGGGCCAAACGAUGCAAAUUCUGAGACCCAAAUCAUCAAAAGCAUGGAGCUGGUAAAGUGGAAAGUAAGAAACACAGCCCAUAAACCAUCAUCAUCUGUUUCAUGUCACUUCAUUUGGUUUCUCCCUUUUUGCUUUUUCGGGUCUCGUGGUGUUCUCUACUUCACAAAAUAAAGAGAGACUAAACUCAUUAUUAUUCCUCCCUGCAACUCUUUCUUCACUGGUUCCCUUGAUGCUCAACACUUUAGCUCCUCUUCAAUCAUUUUUAACGCUCUGCAAACAAAGGAUUAGAUAAGACAUGGACUUUCAGAGGCUUCUCAUAUGACCAAUGUUUGCGGUACCAGUUCUUUUGGGGGAAUUAGAUCAGCUUCAAAGAUUGCAGCUUUUCAUUUUGCUUAUUUUCCACAUUUUAUGAGGGGAAAGCAACUGGUUGUUAAAUAGGGAAAAAGCAAGACUUGUUUGUCUCCGCUGCAUCAUUUUCACUGUGAUGCUAUAUAUUAUUCCAUAUUAGCUGUGAAUCCUAGUCACUUGCUAGAUAUGGGGGACGUUAGGCAAGGUCAAACAAAGAUUCAAAAUGUUCCAAUUGCUGUCACCCCUGAAGGAUUUUGGUGUUGCCCUACUCCUGUUGGGUUUCAGAAAAGCCUCAAGCCUCAAAAUCCUCUGAAUAAACUCAAACCCUCUUCACCUCCUCCAAAGACUAGUUCCCAGAAAAAGGCAGUUGCAGUGAGUGAGAGAAAAGCAGUGCCUGCCCCAUCAAAAUUGGUGGUAUCAGAUGCUCAACAAUGUAAUGAUCCCGAAAGACCUCCACCCAGCACUUCUGUGCCUACACAGAGAGCACCAAGACCCAAACUUGAAUCUUUGCCCAAAAAGGUGGCUAUUGAGUUUGGUAAACCUGGAACUUGUGACAUGAAGGUGGUUCUCUUGGGAAAGCAGGGAUUUUGUGUGAAGUUAAGUGUGCACAGGGAUGUUUUAAUAGAGAAGAGUAGUUUCUUUGCUGAUAAACUUUCUGAACAAUCUAGUUUGUCAUGUCUCCAAGUUGAUGACUGCGAGGAUGUUGAAAUUUAUGUUGAAACUGUUGGCCUUAUGUACUGCAAAGAAAUGAAACAGAGGCUAAUGAAGCAAAGCGUUUCUCGCAUCCUUCGAAUACUCAAGAUUGCAGAAUCCCUUGGCUUCAGCUCAUGUAUUCAAUCAUGUUUGGAGUACUUGGAGGCAGUCCCUUGGAAUGGAGAGGAAGAGGAAGAAAAGGUGAUCUCAACCGUCCUACGACUCCAAGGAGAAGGAAUCGGUGUCAAUCCGGUGCUAAAACGAGUUUCUCCUGAUAUUUCCAAUGCCCCAAAAGACACUAUAUCCCACAUUGUUGAACUUGUUCUCAAAAGCAAUGAGGAGAGAGGUCGCAGAGAGAUGAAAUCCAUAGUUCUAAAGCUCCUUAAGGAGAAUAACAGUCUUCCAAGCUCUGCAGGUUCAGCUGAUAUCUGCAAUGACAUGAUUUAUAACUCAUGCAGAAGCUGCUUGGAUUCUCUAUUGUGUCUGUUCAACCAAGCUGCUGAACCAGACUUUGCAGACAAGGAAUCUGUAGGAAAACAUAUAGCUCUUGAAGCUGAUAACUUGUCAUGGCUACUUGAGAUUUUAGUUGACAAACAAGCUGCUGAAGAUUUUGCACUGAUGUGGGCAAACCAGCAAGAAUUGGCAGCCUUGCAUGGAAAGCUUCCCAUCGUCUUUCGCUAUCAUGUCAGCUGCAUUUCUGGAAGACUAUAUGUUGGCAUUGGAAGAGGGGAGGUUCUGCCAUCGAAGAAUGCGCGCCAGUUGUUGUUGCAGACGUGGCUGCAGCCUCUAAUCAAUGACUACAACUGGUUGCAGCACGGGUGCAGGUCGUUCGACAGAAAACUUGUGGAGGAAGGAAUUGGAAGGACAAUUCUCACCUUGCCUUUGGAGGAUCAACAGAGUAUUUUGCUUUCAUGGGUUGGAAGCUUCUUGAAAACUGGUGAUGGAUGCCCCAAUCUUCAGAGAGCUUUUGAGGUUUGGUGGAGAAGGACUUUCAUUAGACCAUAUGUGGAGGGCCAAGGUAAUGCCAUGCCAGAUAGUUGAAUUGAAUGUUGUGAAAGCACUACCACUAUGUGACAUGUUCAUGAAUACAUCUUAAAAUGGUUUUUGGAAUCUCAAUUUCUCUUUUGACGCAACGAGUCUAAGGAAUUAUAAUUUAUAAAUAAUAUGUAGAUUUGCUAAUAUGGUUUGCCUCCAGCUGCUAACUAGUACUGAGACAUGUAUAUAUGGCCGUUUCAUGUAUACAAAUCACUCAUUGAAUUUCAA